AUGGUGCUUGACGACGCUUCGGCUGUAAAUGAUGAAGAACCUAUUGACUGCGAAGUGACCGUACCGUCCCGAGACAUGGCCGAUUUGCUGAUUGAUCCAACUCUUAUGUCGUCUCUGGACAUGGACACUGCACCCCCUUGUGACGCUGUCAUCGAGCUAAAGGUCGAGGUUUCAUCGGAAACAUCCCUCGACCAGAUCCCCUCCAACGUCAUCUCGGGGGCCGAUGUAACUAUAGGUGAACCUGCCGGAGCCCUUGCUCCUAGGUCAGAGCCUGUUGGUACUUCAGCUUCUUCGAUCGAUUCUGCUAAUUCUACGACUACAUCGGAAGCGAAAAUUUCCACAGAUUUUCCUAUGCUAAUGUCAUCGCUCGCCAACAAGCAGCCGCCGCCGCCGCAAAGAAUGCUUUCUUUAUAA